CAAGUCUUGUCUUCAGUCUCUAAUCUUUAGAAGUGCAGUUCUUCUUCACUGUCACUCAUUGAACCUUGACAUGUUAAAGAAUCAAAAAUUGCUUGGUUUAAAAUGGUAUUAUGUUGUUGGAGAUGGUGAGGAUGGACAGGGUGUCACUCAACUAAGCUCUUGGAAGUUUGAUAAAAAGGGAGAAGAGUUAGGUGACUUAGUUGAAACUUGUUUAAAGGAUUGGGGAGUUGAGAAGGUGUAUACAAUAACUGUUGAUAGUGCAUCUUCUAAUGAUCGAGUUGUGAGGGUGCUUAAGAAUGCUUUAAACAAGUGGAGUACAAGUGUUCUAGGUGGGGAUGAACUGCACAUGAGGUGUGCAACACAUAUCAUUAAAUUGGUUGUACAAGAUGGAGCCAAGUUGAUGAAUAAUUCCAUUGCUUCUGUGAAAGCUAGUUACAAAUAUAUUAGGCAGAGUUCCCAAAGAAAAAUGAGGUUCAAGGAGGUUGUUGAGGUUGAAAAAAUUGACGCCAAGAAGCUGUUGUCCUUGGAUGUGCAACAUAGGUGGAAUUCUUUAUACCUAAUGCUUGAUACUAUAGACAAGUUUGAAAUGGCAUUUGAAAAGUAUUCAAGGUAUGAUCCAGCCAUGAGGAUUGAAUUGAAAUUUAGUCUAGGGUUCCCAUCUUGUAUCGAUUGGGAACGCAUAAGGAGGCUAGUGAUGUUUUUGGAACCAUUCGAUUUCAUGAUAGAGAAAGUUUCUAGAAGUCUGUAUACCAUUUCAAACUUAUAUUUUCCAAUAAUUUGUGAAGUGGACAGGCUUCUUAAACUGUGGGGAAAUUAUGCUAAUUUGAGUCAAAUGGUUAUGAAAAUGAAGGAUAAGAUGUUUGGUGAGGUUAAGGGUACAGCUUAUGGGGAGAUGGUGAGAGCUGAAUGCUUCAAGUUGUUUGAAGCAUACAAGCGCCAACACUAUUCUAACAAUGUAUUGGAAAGGUAUAAAGAAGAAAUUGAAUGCAAUGCUGAGAAGUCAGAGUUGGAGAAGUACUUGAGUGAUGAAACAGAGCCAUUUGAUGAGGAGUUUGACAUUCUUAAGUGGUGGAAAGUCCAUGGUCCAAGGUUUUCCAUCCUAGCUUCAAUGGAUAGGGAUGUGUUGGUUGUCUCAAUCUCUACUGUGGCUUUUGAAGCUGCAUUUAGCAUUGGGGGUCUAGUUCUUGAUCCAUUUAGGAGCUUUUUAACCCCAAGGAUGACUCAGGCACUAAUUUGUACGCAAGAUUGGUUGAGGUCCAGAGAAAAACAAGCUUCUAAUUUGGAGAAUGAGAAUACUUUGAGGAACAUGGAGAAAGAGAUGGAGAAGUUGUAGUUGGAUGCACCAUGCAUCUAAUUUUAAGUAGGGGAAAUUACACUUAACCUACUUGUGAUUUAGGGUGAGUGCAUUUAAAGGCCUGUGAUAUCAAAAAGUGCACUUAAACACCUAUAUUUUGAAAUAAGUAACAAAACACUCUUGUCGUU